GCGCGGACAACAUGGCGUCUCCCUGGCUGCUCGAACGUGUGUUUUUCUGCUAGCGUUGGGCGUUCGGUUGUUUACAUCAGGGUCAUUUCCGGAGUUUUCUCGGGCGUUUUCUUUGAGAGUGGUCGGGGGAUUGAGUUUCCUUUGGUUAGGGGAUUAGCGAAACCAAACUGGGCUAGCGUGGCGAGAUUAUCGGUCGGCCUGGCUACGACAAGCGAACGGAUUUGGACGUAGCAGAGAGCCGCGCGCGCCUCUGGUAAUCCGAGUGAGUCGGAAGUAUUGGAUUCCGCCCUACUGUGUGUGCGUGCAAGUUUAGGGCAGUAACGCCGCCCACUGUAACUCCCAAGUCAUGGAACUCUACGUCUUCUGUAUGGUGAGCUUACUGGUGCUGGCAACGGUGGUGGUGCAGGGCAUCUACUGCUUCAUGUACUGCUCGUAUCCGCUUCCGGGAGGCGCCGACCCCUGCCCCAUGGUGGCCUGCUUGCGCCGCAAGAAGCGGAAACCAAGGCAGAGGUCCAACUCCGCCGAAGUCAUGAUCUCGAUGGAGGACGUGAAACCGGAACCGCAGACGCCAUCGCCCAUGCCGACCCAUGAGUACAAGACGCGCGGUGGACAGACGGACGUUUGACGUCGUCGCCGACGUCAUCAGGAACAGUGACCAUCCCCUGGCGGGAUGAAGAGUUCCUAGGAUGCAUCCCUGUGAGACAAUGAUGGGGAACGCGCGGUCCCUACGAGGGAUGAAGGACAGGAGCGAAAAAGUCCCUAUGAGGGAUGGAAACGCUACACGGGGAGUCGCUUGAGGGAAGGCCGAGGGUUCGGGAAUAGAGGGUUUUAGUAGAUCGUUCCGAUGUUUCCGAGAAGGAUACCCGAUACUCUGCCGCCGCCUUUUCGCAUGCGUCGUAUCGUUAUUGGAGGUAUCGGGUAUGGGAACGAUCUACUAGAACUCUCCAUUGAGUGACCACUAUCGUUAAGGCUGUUGCCUAGUGCACCAGUUUUGGUGUGUUUCAAGUUGUGACCAGGUUAUGCUGUUUUCGGUAUACGUUUUUUUUUUACUGCACAUUUUUAUAUGAGUUAUGAUUUUGGGAUGAUCAUCUUAGGACUUGGAGGUCUCGUGACCAAAAGAGCGAAACGGAGUCAGUAGCCUAAUUUGUCUUUGCGCACCUGCGCGCGGGCGAGAAAGAAAAAAAGAAAAGACACUAGUCUUUUCUCUUGGAACGCCGUUUUCGUAGAGCUAGUUUUAACAAAAACUAUAAAAUUCGUCAAUGAGCAAAUCGUUGAAGGUGAAUGAAUGACGUUGAAGUGCCUACAGGAAGCUCGUGCAGGGGUUUGGGAUACGGGACAUGAACCAGUACAGUUCGAUUGUGUCGACUUGGUGGGUGCGAGUUUUACUUGGUUAACAUAAUGGUGCAGUAUUUUUACAGAAUGCUAUUUUACGCGUGGCUUGGUGGCGCAAGUCACCUUCCGAUUACAAAAAAGUUUAAAGUGGCGCACAUCUACGGUCCGUUUGUUCAAAGCGGUUGGAUGCAUUCUUUGAUAAGUUUUAUCCAACUUUGAUAGAAUACACACUCCCGGGUUUUUUUUUGUACACGACGUUUUCUAUACGGCGUCUACUCUAUUAGACGUGAGCGUUUGCAGUAUUUUGACCAUAGA